AUGAAAAUUACCCGUUUUUGUUUGUUGAGUCUUAGUGUUUUUGGUAUAUAUUUCAAAGAAACACAUGGAGGGAUAUGGAAUAUAUGGGACUUAAAUUACUGGAGAUGUAUACUAAAGAAGUACUAUCAAUGUCCUGACAAUGAUAUUAGAUAUUAUUUAUAUACACCGCACUCUGGUACAAAACGGAUUACAAUUGAUAUAAGAAAUCGAUACUCUCUAAAAUAUUCAAACUUCAAUCCGGAAAAAAAGAAUGUAAUAAUUAUUCACGGAUUUAAUGGUACUGAAAGCCGAUCUCCAAUUACGAUAUUACGAAACGCUUACCUAUCAACGAAAAAGUACAACAUUUUUACGGUAGAUUGGUCGCCGAUAACACACUUUCCUUGCUACGUCUCGGCACUUUCUAAUACCCGGAUAGUUGGACAGUGCUCUGCUAAAUUAUACUCGUUUAUAAUGAACAAUGGAGGAGUCGCUACAGAAACCACCUGCAUAGGUCAUUCUUUAGGUGCCCAUAUUUGUGGCAUGAUUAGCAAUCACUUAGAUAAGAAGCAGCAUAAGGUAGUCGGUUUAGAUCCUGCAAGACCACUAAUUGACGACUUUGCCGAUCCACAAUUUAGGCUAUCAAAAGAUGACGCUUAUCAGGUACAAGUUAUUCACACAAAUGCUGGAUUUUUAGGUGAAUCUAACCAAGUGGGCCAUGUAGACUUCUGUGUAAAUGGAGGAAGAUUUCAGCCAAGUUGUUAUGGCCACAGAUUAAGAAGGGCAAGAUGUAGCCAUUUUCAAAGUGCUUGUUAUUACGCCCAAACUGUACGAUAUGGUACUUCAAUCAUAGGUCGUCCAUGUACAGCUAUGUGUCCCAAAACCACAUCUAAUUGGGGUCUUUUACCAGGAAAGUCAAUUCCGAUGGGCGAAGAAACUCCAUUCGGGGUUCAUGGAACUUACUGUGUCCAGACUAACAGUCACAAAGAUUGUCCAUUCUUUCAGUGAAUCAAAGUACAGGACAUACUGAUGACGCAAUUUGGCCA